AUCUUCAGCUCUAAACGCAACGCAAAGAACACCACCAACACCCAGCCCACUGACCACUGGUUGGAUUCCGCGAAGAAGAAGAUCAAAGAACUAAGUUUUGUCUGCUGAUAACUCCUUUCGGGCGUUCCGUGCGCAACGCAACUGGCCGCGCCUGAACAAUGUUCACCAUUGCCAACAUAGCAAGACAAUGCCGCAUAUGCCUACGGCAACUGCGAGAUCUCAAGGAGCACCGCUCCGACCACAGUGUGGAGAACUUCCACUCACGUUCGGUCCACAUGCUGAAGAAGUUCUUCGGCAUCGAUGUGCUGAAGCAGCCCCAAGGUUUCCCCAAGCAGAUAUGCGCCCUCUGCUACAAUGCCAUAGAGUACUUCGAAGAGCUGUGCAAGGUCGCCAAAGAGUCGAACGAUAAGCUGACGCCACUGUUCCAAGAGCAGGCCAAGGGCUCCGCGGCAACAGGCACCGAGGGGGAAGCACAGCAACAGUCGUCCCAUCAUUUGGAAACACAGCUGCUGGCCAGCGAUGUAGCGAUAAAAGUCGAGCCACCAGGCAGCGGGGAGGAGGACGGGCAGGAGGAGCUGCAGCUUGACCAGCUCGAGUCCGCAGAUGCAGCCGUACAGGAAGCUGACAACGCCUCAAUUUCAGUCUCGUCCAGCAAGAGAGGAGCGGGAACCCUGACCUGCGACCAGUGUGGCAAGCAGGUCUACAAGCUGCCCUACCUGGAGGCGCACAUCCGCAGCGUGCACCAGGGCCAUGCGAAGCCAUUCCUCUGCCGCGACUGUGACAAGUCUUUCACGCGCUAUGAGCAGCUUCGAUCUCACAUGCGCAACUCCCAUCCGUCCCAGGGCGGCAGCGGCAGCGUCGGCGGGUCUGCACAGCAGCAGCUGGAGGAGGUGCAGCGUCUGAUCUGCGAACACUGCAACCGGCAGUACAGCACCAAAAAUGCCCUAGGGGAGCAUCUGAAGCGGCAUGCCCAGCGUAAGGAGCACGUCUGCGAGCACUGCGGCGUAGCGAAGGUGACGCGGACGGAGCUGCUCACCCAUCUGCGCAUACACAACCCCAGCUGGGAGAAGUUCAAGUGCCAGCAGUGCCCGCAGCUCUUCCGACACAAGAGCGCCAUCAGUCGCCAUGUGCGGGUGGUGCACGAGGGCCAGCGGCGCUUCCAGUGCGUCCACUGUGAGAAGCGCUUCGGGACGCAUGCGUCCCAGCUGAGGCACGAGCGGCUGCACGCCAGCGGAGACCAGCAGCUGCCCUCCCGCUGCGAUGUGUGCUCCAAGUGCUUCACCGACGGGGAGCGACUAGCUUCCCAUAUGCGUAGCCAUGACAAGAGCCUCUGGCCCUACGCCUGUGCCCAAUGCAACAAGCCGUGCGUCACUCGCCAGACCCUGGAGAUGCACCAGCAGCGUCACAUCAAUCCUCGGGGCCAAUAGGUCGUCUGAAAGAGCAUAUUUUGUUGUAUUCCUUUGAUAGCUUUAGUGUGUACCUGAUUUAAGAAUAAAGUGUUGGCCAUAAA